CGGCCAUUAUCUGGCGUGGUGGAGGCCGCCCCGACACGGUCGCGUCGCUCGCCCGGAUUUGCACGCGUUCUUCGGCACUCGCUCACUUGCUCUCCACCUGACACUGACUGGCGAAGGCGCUGGGGACUGGAAAAGAAUUUUUUUUUCUAUUGUGGAGUGCAAGAGCUUCAUUAAGUGUAGAAAAGUACUUUGUUCUUUGCAUUUCCAUCAUUGUGGUAUUAUUACAUGCAAGUACAGGUGUGCGACCCAGCAGGGCUCGUUGCGUUCUCGGUGUGAUACUGUUGUGGCUGUGGUUGUGUUGUGACACCAGACUGUGCAGUGUUGCGUAGGGGCACGUGCCCGGUGAUGGGCGUGACGCCCUGCUAGAAUACCAUGGUGCUGGUGGUUGGGGCCUCCGACGUCGCGAUGUUCCCCGCCGCCAACCGGCCGCCGCCGCACUCGGUGGUGGCCCAGCAGAGCCCCGCCGGAUACUUCGGCUACUACCCCCAGCAGGCUCCUCACCAUCACCACCACCACCAUCCCCACCAAUACCCUCCCCCGGACCUCAACUGCAACCUGCAGCCCUUCAUGACGGGCCAGUUCACGGACGGGCUGCAGGGCGGCGCGUGGCACAACACGGCCAUGUACAUGCCGCCGCCGCACCACACCGCCGCCGCCCCGCAGUGCCAGCAGCGAUCGCCGCACGGCUACGAGGACUGGGGCGUCCCUCCCUUGCACCAUACGGGCCCCACGGGCGCCGCGUCCCCCUUGCCGCACCCGCCCACCCUGUCGUCCAGCGCCGGGGGCCUGCAACACCCGCCGCACACGCCCUCGCCGUGCGCGCCCGGGGCCACCGUGCAGCCGGGCCCGGGCUCGCCCACCUUCGGCCACUACCCAAAACUAACCCCCGUGGGCGCGCCGCCCGACUUCGGCAGCGACGGCGGCCUCGGCGGCGGCGGCGCACAGUCCCCGAAUGAAGGCGUGCUGCCGCCCCAGGGCGACGGAGCGGCCGACGCCGGAUCGCCGCCCACCGCCCACGCGCCGCCAUCGCGCCCGCAGCAGGUGCGAUCCCCGUACGAAUGGAUGAAAAAGCCUUCGUAUCAAGCGCAACCCAACUCAGGUAAGGAUGCAUGGCGCUGUGAAUGCCAAGUCUGUAUCCCUAAAGUACGUAUGUAAAAGCAGCCUUCCCGA